GCUUUUGCGAUUUCCUUCUUUCAUUAGGUUUCGAGCAAUCGACGUUAUCGUCCAACGACUCGGGUGUUUCAUUUUGGAAUCGUCCACGACGUAGCUACGAAGUCCGGUAAAGUUACUCUCUUGUCACGUUCAACGUAUUUCGUAUAAGUAAAAUGUCAGGCAAUAAACGCUGGAUCCCACUUGAGUCGAACCCCGAGGUGAUGAACAAGUUCCUCACAACUGUUGGGGUGUCAAGCAAGUGGAAAAUCAAUGAUGUUUAUGGCCUUGAUCCUGAAUUGUUGGCCACUGUCCCUCAACCUGUUUUGGCUGUUCUCUUGCUGUUCCCCAUCAACGAGAAGUUUGAAAGCUAUUUCAAGAAGCAAGAGGAAGAGAAGAAAUCUGAAACUGUUUCUCCCAGUCUAUUCUUUAUGAAACAGACUGUUGGUAAUGCGUGUGGCACUAUCGCUUUGAUCCAUGCUGUUGCCAACAACUUGGACAAAAUUGACCUGGCUCCUGGACAUUUGAAGAAUUUUUUGGACGCCACUAAAGAUCUCUCUGCGGAAGCUAGGGCAGAAAAGCUGGAAGCCGACGAGGGUCUUUCUACUGCCCACGAAGAAAGCGCGCAAGGAGGCCAAACUGAAGCUCCAAGCCGUGACGAGAAUGUUAACUUACAUUUCAUUACGUUGAUCCACCAUUCUGGAGGACUGUACGAAUUGGAUGGCCGCAAGUCUCAGCCUAUCCCGCACGGAAAUACCACACCAGAAACCUUUCUUGAGGAUGCUGCCAAAGUAUGCCGCGAACUGAUGGCCGUCGAUCCCGAAGAGGUUCAUUUCACGUUGGUUGCAUUGACCGACGCCCAAUAAGAUUUGAAAACACCACCCUCCGUUUAUUGGGGGAGGAAAGACGUUAUUCGUGUUACGUUAUUCCUCGAAAUUCUGUUUCUCCGUGUUCAAGCCUUUUUUGUUUUUUUUAAAAUCAAAAUCCAAUCAAACAUGCAAGUUACGGCUUGUUCGAAUUCAGGACAGUCAAGAUUUCAUUUGCUUGUUUAACCUAAUAAAAAUUUAUCUCUUCAA